AUGGAGUCGGCUAUGAGGAAGCAACUGGCAACCAAGGGCCUCAUUGACAGAUUUUGGGAGAAUCUAGUCAAGGUGGGCAAGGAUAAAAUGACGCAGUCCUACUUGAAAACCCGCCUCGCGCUACUCGAGACGUAUUGGGAGCGUUUUGUGGAGGGCCACUACGCCUUGCUCGACUUCGACGACAAGGAGGCGGAUAAUUAUGUGGCGGGCGAUUGCUACUCCAAAACCGAGGAACAUUAUGUGGCGGUCAAGUCCCGAUUGGCGUCCAUGACCAACGACGAGGCUCCUGCCGGCGGGCAGGAGCCGGCGUCUGCAGCUGCCUCGGUUCUCAAGCGCAUUCAAUUGCCGAAGAUAAGCCUGCCCACAUUCUCGGGCGACCAAUUAGGAUGGGAGAGUUUCCGGGAUCUUUUCCGUUCGCUCGUGGGUGACGUGUCGGACUUGGCUCCAGUGCAGAAGCUGCAAUAUUUAAAGGCAAGUUUGACGCACGAGGCGGCAGCGGCUGUCGCUAACAUCGAGCUCAACGACAAGGGCUUCGAUACCGCGUGGUCGGAGCUCGCGUUACGUUACGAUAAUCGGAGGGUCCUCUUGGCGACCCACAUGCGCACUUUUCUGACAAGCGCUCCGGUCGCGCGGCCGUCGCCUGUGGAGCUCAAGCGGUUGAGCAGUUCGGCGCUGCAGGACCUUUGGAAGGCCGGACUUUCCUGGGACGAGCCCUUGCCGGACCCUCUUCAGGCGGCAUGGUCGGGGUUCGCCGUCGACUUACCCGGCUUGGAAUUGCAGCGCAUCCCGCGCUACGUGGGCUAUCGUGGGCCGGAGGGACAGGCCGAGUUACAUGGUUUCUCGGAUGCCUCCAACCGCGCCUACGCAGCGACAAUUUACCUGCGUUGUACGACCAACGAAGGUGCCGUCUCAGUCCAUCUCUUGAUCGCUAAGACCAGGGUGGCGCCGGUCAAACAAGUCUCCAUCCCGAGACUGGAAUUGUGCGGGGCAGUGCUGCUGGCCCGUCUCCUUCGCAGUACUGCACGCGCGCUGGGAUUGGAGGACACUCGGACCUUCGCCUGGACCGACUCAACGGUGGCAUUAGCCUGGAUCCGUUCACACGCGGCGCGCUGGAAGCCGUUCGUGGCCCACCGGGUCUCAGAGAUACAGGAUUUGGUUCCUCCGCCGCAAUGGAGAUAUGUGCCGUCGAGGGAAAACCCAGCGGAUGCGGCCACACGAGGCAUAACGCCUGCAGCGUUGGCAUGCCUCAAUCUCUGGUGGACUGGCCCGCCUUGGCUGGCCCGAGCGGGCUAUCUACUAGCCGAGCCUGGUCAGGCCGGGGACGAUACCGUGACUGAGGAGCUUCGUCCGCGUGCGGCCUUCGUCGCCCGGCUCGAGGAGGAGAACGAGAUUCUGCACCGAUUUUCGGACAUGUUCCGACUUCUGCGGGCAACCGCCCUUUGUUUCAGGUUCGCGCAUAAUGCGCGCCAUCCCAGGAAGUACUCAGGUUACCUGACUGCAGGGGAAAUUGCCAUGAGCCGAGAGCGGUGGGUGCGGAUCGCUCAGGCACACGACUUCUCGCAGGAGAUAGCCUGCCUGAGGAACGACAGGCAGCUCCCGGCGCGAUCGCCGCUGCUGUCACUCCGCCCGUUCUUGGACCAGGACGGGCUGCUGCGAGUGGGAGGACGCCUUCGGCAAGCGCUCCUCUCGUUCGACGAGAAGCACCCCAUCAUAUUAGCGAAGAAGAGCCAUCUCUCUCUUCUCCUCGUGCGUGAAGCGCACGCUAACUCACUACACGGUGGGCCUCAGUUAACCCGGAGCCUGCUCCUGAGGCGAUACUGGAUUCUGCAGGCGAAUUCCUUGGUCCGCUCGGUCAUCCAUGGCUGUGUGCGCUGCACUCGGUUCCGGGGAGUCGUCGCCAACCAGCAGAUGGGGCAUUUGCCGGCGGAACGCACGCGACCUAGUCGCCCCUUUCUAUUCACCGGCGUCGACUACGCCGGUCCGCUGGCCAUUCGUACCACGAAGGGGCGUGGGCACAAAUCCAUUAAAGGAUAUAUAUGCCUGUUUGUCUGUUUGUCGACCCGGGCCGUCCAUUUGGAGGCCGUAUCUGAUCUCUCUUCUGCCUCUUUUCUAGCGGCGUUUCGGAGGUUCACGUCCCGCCGAGGUCAUUGCCGGCGCGUCCUCAGCGACAAUGGCACCAACUUCCAGGGUGCAGCCAAGGAGCUGAGAGCCAUGUUCCGAGCGGCCUCCGUCUUCUACUCAGAAUGUGCGGCGAGCCUUGCCAACGACGGAACCGAAUGGGCCUUCAUCCCCCCGGGGGCGCCCCACUUUGGGGGACUGUGGGAGGCCGGAGUGAAGGCAGUGAAACACCACCUCAGAAGGGUGAUCGGGGACGCGCGCCUCACUUUUGAGGAGCUGACCACCCUGCUGGCGCAGAUUGAAGCCUGCCUCAACUCCAGACCGCUGUACGCCCUAAGCAACGACCCCGCGGACCUCGCUGCCUUAACUCCGGGUCAUCUGCUGAUAGGGGAGUCGUUGACCGCGGUUCCGGAGGCCCCGACGGCCGUUCACGGCGGCGGUCACAUGGCGACUCGCUGGUCGCUGACCACUGCCAUGCGCGACCAUUUCUGGCGGAGAUGGUCGUCUGAAUACGUCCACCACCUGCAACAGCUGAAACGGUGGCGGCGGACGGCACCUAACGUGGCCGUCAAUGAUUUGGUGCUGAUCAAGUCCGAGCUGCAACCACCUACAGACUCCAGCAUCCCCUUAACUUUGGAACGUAAAGCACAUCUUCCGCUAUAA